ACGCCGCAGUCAAAAUCUGAAACGCGAUCGCGACCGAAGGUAGUUCGAUUGAUCUCGUUCGAUCGGAGUCCUUUCACCCGGCAAUUAGCACAACCCUAGUUUGCCUGGCCCCUUACCUUACUUUAAUAUUCAUAACGUUAAGUCAUUGGUUACGUACGUAACAUUACGUUAAGACUUAAGUUACGCACAGUACGUUACUUAAGCCACUCGUUACGUGAAAAUUUCUAUAUUUUUGAACUCGUGACUUCUAGUUUUUAGUCUGUUGGUAACUUCACCCCGCGGAGUUGGGGCGCGAUUGUAACGGUUGAUCAACGGGUUCGGUGCCUGGUCCUCGUUUCAAAAUGAAGUUCCUUUCGUCGUACUUGUCCCGCAACAAGGGGUACAUUCGCCAGACUGUUGUUUGUUGUUCAGUGAGCAUAAUGACGUUCGUGUACGGUCAGCUCCUGGCGUGGCCGUCUCUGGCGAUCGAGCGGAUCUCCCUGGGCCAGGGCGGGUUCAACGUGACCGAGACGGAGAUCUCGAUCAUCGUCUCGAUGCCGACCUUCGGCGAGUUCCUCAUGCCGAUCGUCUUCGGGUUCAUCCUCCUCAAGAUCGGGCGCCGCUCCAACAUGAUCCUCAACGCGGUCGUCUACAUCGUCGCCUGGGGCUUCAUCACCUUCGCCACCUCCCCGCUCAGCCUCAUGAUCGCCAACUUCGCCGCCGGCCUCGGCUCCGCCAUCGCCAUGAUCAUCGGACCCAUCUUCAUCGCCGAGAUCGCCGACAAGAGGAUCAGAGGCUCACUGAUCAGCGUUUUUAUAACGGCGAUCGCAAUCGGAGAGGUGUUCUCGACGAGUGUGGGGAUCAUACUGACUUACUUCCAGCUCAACUUGAUAUCUCUCGUCUUGGCAGUGGUCACCUUCUUCAGCAUCGUCUUACUAGCCACGGAGUCACCAAGUUGGCACAUCAUGUGUGGCAAACAAGAAAAAGCCGAGAAGUGCUUCAGGUAUUACUGGAACUCAGCUUUCGGAGUCGAGGAAGAAAAGGUGGCGUCAGGCCUAGCCGAGCUGAAAGAGGUAGUAGAAGAAGAGAUGAAAUCCGCAUGCUCUUACCUAGAACUCUUCCGCACCCCUAGCAACGUCCGCGCUUCCAUCAUCGUCAUCGCCCUGUCCAUCUUCCAAGCCUCGAGCGGGAUCAUCGCCAUGCUCACCUACGCCUCGACGACCCUUCCCAAGUACGACGGCUUCUGGCAGCCCAACCCCACGAUGGCCCUCGUCAACCUCCUCGACCUCAUCUUCAACAUCAUCUCCGUCGGGCUCAUCGACCGCCUCGGCCGGAAACCGCUGAGCAUCAUCUCCAACGCGGGCGAUGCCGUCGGCACGGGCAUCAUCGCCUCCUACUUCUUCAUCGACGAGUACACUAACCUCGACACUUCCAAUAUCAAAUGGGUGCCGUAUAUUGGCAUCCUCGUUUUCAUCUCCUCCUACGGCGUUGCCAUGGCGACGAUGCCGCACAUCCUCGUCGGUGAACUGUUCCCGGCCAACGUCAGGUACCACGCGUCUGUCGUUUCCGUCGUAUGUAUCGCCGGCGCCUUUGCCUUCUUCAAUUUCAUCUACCUCCACGUCUGUAGGGUUGCUGGUGUGAGCGUUAUGUUCUUGAUCUUCACGAUGUCCAGUGUGGCGGCGACCAUUUUCUCGUACCUCUACAUGUUCGAGACGAAGAAUCUCUCGUUGUCGGAGAUUCAGAUGAAGGCUAUGGGGAAGAGUCAACCCAAAGAGGUUUUGUCGAAAGCGUGAUUGUCUAAGGUUAGUCUUAAAGAUCGACUCUUAGUCACGCCGAGCAAAAAUGGUAGAAGAAAAGAAGGUGUGUACAUUGAACCGACUCGUCUUUGAUUGGCUCGUGCGUCACAGCGGGCUGAUUAUUGAAAUUGAUAGACAAAUCAGUAGACAAAGAAGACAAAAGGGAUUUGGAUGGAUCCUAUCUCUGGAAGGGGGUGGUUGCAAUGAACAAAGGAGGUAGGUAAAAGACUAACUAUCGGCAACCCACGAGACCCCAUUGUUAGUUCAUCAUUUUCUCUCUUUUAGUCUAUAGGAACCAACCAUUUUAACCAAUAGGAUCGCUCCAUGCUCCUUGUGUCUUCUUUGUCCAUAGCUUUGUCUAUAAAUUCCAACAAUCACCCCGCAGAUCUGUUUCUGUAUGAAAGGCCAUAUGUUGAGAUUGCCGGACAAAUAGUUUGUGCACGCGACUUCUAUGAAUGUGUAUGAGAGGCUGUCCGACCGCUAUGUUACAGCAAGAGGACUUUUUUCCUUAUAAGGCUCUGCUGUAGCUACUACGUCCAAUGAUGAUUUCUCCUAACAUGCCGAACAGCUACUGACGAGUAACAUGCUCAGCCGUUUGUUUGACGCAUGGGCGAAACUGGGAAUUUUUCUGGUGGAACCAGAGAGACAUCCCAAGAGCAAUCGUGAGCUGUUUUUAUUAGAAAAUUGAUGGAUUUGACAGUGAAAACUCAACAGUGUGACUCUUAAUUUUGCGGAAAUUAUUCACCUUAUACGAAAAAUUUUGUCAUAUUGUGCCAUUAAAAUAAUAUCGAUGAUAGUGAAAUGAUUUGAACACUACUUUGCAUACCGAGAGAAAAGUCUCGGCUUUCUGAUAUUUGUGUUAUAGUUCGUCGAAUGCGACUCGUUAGAACAGAUCUCAAAUCCCGGCAUGAUGAAGUGUACCGUUUGAAGGCCGGAGAAAAAAUGUCUGUCAUACAAUUCUCGCAAUAUUAGUUAAUUUUACGUAUUUAUUGUAACAUAAAAUGUAUAUAUUUAGAUUUAAGUCAGCCACAUACUACACAAACUGAAUUCAAUAAAAGCGGCCAAGCAAUCACAGGUAAAAGGAAAAGAGCAAGUUUAUAAGUUCAGACGUGAAAAAUUGGCACAACAAGUGAUUCAAUUUUAAAGUUUCUUGUACUAAUCCAUCUUUCUGUUUAUUCUACGCUCUAAAAAAUUUGAAUUGCAAAAACUGAGUCAUCAAGUCAUCAAAUGCAUUCGUCUCAAACAUGUAUAUUCUAUAUAUGGCAAGUAGGAGUAGGUAUAUAAAAAGGGGAAAAAAUUGAAUACUUUUAAAAUCACAAUAAAGGUGUUUAUUGCCGGAACUUGCAUCCGAAUGCCCUUUAGGUAUCACAGUAAAAUUUUCCAAACAUCAUGCACCAAACUGAAUUGGCAGGGUUAAUUUCACGCCAUCUUUCUUCACUCUUUGCGGUAUUAAAAAGAGACUUUCCGAAAAUGAACCUCUGGAAUUUUUUUCAGACGCACUAAACCUGCCAAUAUGGUCGCUCAAUAAAACCAACAUGUUAAUAACAUAAGCAUCUCGAUUUUUUCUUUUGUUUCCCUUCGGUAUGGACUCGCCUGAAACUUCAAGCACUUUUCAAACUCUGCGCUUCUGCACUUGUGCACAAUCUAAACCACCAGUUGAUAAACGUCCCCCCCCCCUAUUUUUCCUUUUAUCUUUCUGCACGUUCAGUCAGUACUGGAAAUUUAAAAAUAAGAAACUCAACGAAAAUUAUCAAAAGAGAAAAACAUUUUUUUAUGACGUAAUAACGCGAGGAAUACCUCAUUUCAUCCAGAGUGGCAGUGAGAAUCGUUUCAGGAAACAGAAAACUUCGUUGAGAAGUUGUAACUAGGAGAUGAGAGGGGGGGGGGUGAUGUCCGAAACUAAGACGAGUAGUGCAUACCUCUGAACCAGAUUUAGCGGAAAACGCCAGACUUCUACCGUAUGUUGAAAUUAAAGUUACUUUGCAGCGCCAAAAUUGUGAAUUUGUAUAAGAUUCCUCGACUCUUACGUGGUUUCUAUCUAGCAAGCAAGUCAACGUGUAUUACAUCACUGAUUUGGCAACAUUGGUGAAGAUUGAAGUUGUACUUCUGACCGAGAGAAGACGAAAAUGAAACCGGAAACUUUGCCAAGUAUCCCAUGCCAACUUGUUCAAACUUUGAAGCUUUCCUUUACAGCUCGUGGUGGGGUGAACUCUGACGGAGGAGUUGAAAGCGCUGAAUCGAAAAAUUAUUUGCAGGGACGAAACUCAUGCGCAAAUUAUUCAAGUUGCCCUACGGUGACUGUCUGAUCAAAACACCUAUCUCAGUUUACAAACUUGCGAAUUGUCCAACAUAAUUGAUUUUUUAAAUGGGAAACUUAUAAACAUAAUUUCAUGUUAACAUGUAUUCAGUGCCUGAAACAUUCGGUAUGCAUAAUUUUGACGGUAUGUAUAUCGACGGUGUAAGUCAGCAAUCCCAUAACUCGGUUUGCGACGUCGCAGACUUCCUGUCAUACUUUAUUUUUGAAACGAAAAACUACUCAACCGUAAUUCUUUAAAACUGCCGUGAUUUUUCUUCUCUGUACGAAAGAAAUUCUGCAAAAACUUCAAGGAAUGAUGUCAACUUGUUCUCCUUUAAAAAAAUAAAAUUGAGGCGGCAGAGAUUUUCAAACACCACUAACGAGAUAUGCGGUUGCGGACUUACGCCGUCGAUAUGCAUUAGGAGUGUGGCCUCAUUAUCUAAUUUUGCAUCGUGUCUUGAAGUGUAACAAUGACAUGAAUAACUUUUUUAAGUGUGUCUGCGUGCUAUCAUCUGGUCUGAGCAAUUCCUUUGAUUUUGUUCCUUCUAUAAUUUAUUUAAAAGUUCGUUCUUGUUUUUCAGCAUUGGUUGGUUUAGCUGUAGUUCCUAAUAGUUAUUGUACCUGCAACCACUUUGUUAAAUGAAAUUUGUAAAUAAAGUUAUUUUUUUAUUACUA